UCGUACCAGGAGGCCCGCUAUCGAAUAUUCCCUGCUAUCAUCCAGUCUCGAUUGUACUUCCAGGCACACAUUACCCCCAGUAACUUCAACUAUGCCCCCCAAGAACCCCCUCCGCGACCUCACCCCCACAGAAGCAGAUCUCACAGACGAUCCGUCCUCCACCUCCACCUCUGCGUCUCCGCCUCGAUCCGGCGAGACCCUCCGAGAGAAAGCAACCAAGAAACUCCACGGGCCAGACGCCAACCCCAGUCAGCUGGGCGACCCCGUCAGUCUCAAGGCCGAGACCACUGACCAUGUUCCUGCGCCGAGCGAAGAAGGGGCUCGUGGACAGGAGGACAAGACGAAGGGGAAGUCGAGACUAUGAGCAGCUCAGCACCGACAAGACCUCAUCUCAACCUUCGGCAGCUAGACAGUCGACCCUGCGGGAAGAGUGGUCGUGGUCUGGCUUUUUGUCCGGGUGCGCUGUGGGAUUCAUCACAAGGGGCCAUGUUAGGACUACGCAGCAGAGGUUCUGAAGACACUCUUUUUGUUGCUUGAUAUUCUUUCCCUUCGAGAAAGCUGGAAACGUUGUAGACUGGGUGCAGGCUUGGAAUCAUCCAAGAAAGUCUCACUGCCGUCAAUUAUCGAAAAAUACUUAUUCCUACACUGAACUUUCUUAACUCUC